AUGUCGCCGGCACUAUGCCUGCUGCCCACGCUGCUUCUUGCUGCCGCUGCCGCCGCCGCGGAGCCUAAUUGCCCGACGAAGUGCGGCGACGUCGACAUCCCCUACCCGUUCGGCAUCGGCGCCGGCUGCUCCCGCAGCAAGGGCUUCGAGAUCUUCUGUGUCAACAACGGCACCGCGGCGGUGCCGGUGCUCCGGUCCGCCGGCACACGCACGAUCCCGGUGGCGAGCCUGUCUGUGUCGCCGCGGCCGGAGGCCAAGGUGCUGCUGCCGGUGGCCUACAAGUGCUACAGCCCGGUCGGCCGCCGCGUCGGCGCGUCCGACGGGCGCGUGGACCUGCGCCCCAGCAGCGUGUUCCGCAUCUCCGACUCCCGGAACAUGUUCGUGGUGCUCGGCUGCAACACCGGGGCUUGGAUGAACUCCGGCGACGGCGGCGGCCGCUACAACUACCAGUACUACAUGGGCUGCUUCACCUACUGCGCCGGCCCCGAGAGCCCCACGGACGGCAGGUGCGCCAGCGUCGGCUGCUGCCGCGUCGACAUCCCGCCGGGCCUCACCGACACCGCCGUCUACUUCGAGCAAUGGCCGCACGACGGCAUGGAGCACAGCCCCUGCGACGUCGCCUUCCUCGCCGACAAGGACGGCUACGAGUUCCGGGCGGCCGACCUGCGCAUGGAUGCGCGCCGGAGCAGCAUGCCGGUGUGGCUGGACUGGGCCAUCCGCGAGGACGACGAUGGCAGCGCGCUGACGUGCGCCGCCGCCAAGGGUAGGGCGGGGUACGCCUGCGUCAGUGCCAAUAGUGAGUGCGUCGACUCCAUGAAUGGGCCUGGCUACUUCUGCAUAUGCAAGGAAGACUUCAAGGGCAAUCCCUACAAAGAUGAAGGUGGAUGCACUAGCGAGGAGCCAAUCUCUAUGGUUACUUCUACCCCGCUGAAGGAGGCACAGGUGAUGCUUAGAUGCACAUACUACACUAGCCCCAAUUAA